AUGGAUAUAGGUAGUACAUACAGUCAGCAUUUCGCACUACAAUUGCCUGAGAUUUUAAGCAUGAUCUUGUCCAAGUUGGAUGCAAAAUCAUUAUGCAAUGCAUCCGCUGUUUGCAAAGAAUGGAAUCAAUUAGCUACUAAAAUUUUAAUGGAACGCCGUUGUUGUGCUACUUAUAUCGUAGAAUCUCCCGACGCUAUCGGUGAUCUCCACCAUUUUUUUCACCAGUUACCUAUUGUACCCGCUGCAAUCAACGUUUUUUCCACCUUUGAUAAAUUAAGAGAUACACGAGCAUUAAUCUCUUGCAUCAAAUCGAAUGUGCCAUCCAACUGUCAAAUCCUCGGUUGCUCUGGCAAUGGUAUUGUCGGCAGCCAUGAAAUGGAUCAAAAAUCCGUUUCUUUAGAACUAGAGGAAGCUGGUAAAGCCUCGAUUCUAAUUAUUCCUCGCAUAACAGGAGUUACAGUCAAAGCCUUUACCUUAUAUAAAAGUGAUCUAAAACCGGAAGAAGAGGAUACAGCUAAAGUAUGGAAAGCUUCCAUUGGAAUGACUGAUAUAAAGGCUAUCCUUUUACUAACCGAUUUCGACAUGCUUGAGAACGAUGACUUUACAGCCUUGCAAGCUGCUUUCAAAGAUGAAGAAAAAUCUGCGAUCGUUGGAUGUCUAUGCCAACCUAAAGUUCGCCUGGAUAAGCUCAGAUUCAGAGAUUAUGUGAAUACUUUUAAUUAUUUACCUAUUUUACCGAAUAUAAGCUUACAUCAUAGCUGUAUUCUAAAAUUAUAUGUGGUAUACUUACUGACUGGUCACGAUACUAUUUACUCCGGUAUAGCACGAUUGCAUUGCAAUUUUCAAUUUAUGCGAGAUUGCCGAAAAGAGCCAGCCUUGGUUGCGAUGGCGAUAGGCGGUGAAUACAUGGAAGCAUCCACUGUUCUCUUAUAUGAGAAUGAUAAAAGCGACUUAGCAAACUCUAUUGCUAACGUAGAAAGGCCAUCAUCGAUAUCAUAUUCUCCGGAUAUUGUUUAUAUGUUUCCUUGUGUUGGUCGGGGUUAUAUGUAUUACGGAGAGCAAAAUGUCGAAAGUGGUCUGAUCAGAAAAGCCUUUCCCUGUAUUCAUGUAAUUGGUUGUUUCGGCUAUGGUGAAAUUUUUAAUCUGAAAUGUAAAGAUGGCUACAGUUAUUAUCAUAGCUACAGCACGGCUUUGUGCUUUUGCUGGCUUAAACAUGACAAUUAUCAUUCUAAUUCUUCCUAUUGA